AACACGAGUGUAACAUUUAAGAAAUGAUAAAUUUAAGCAUUUCUUUUUGACAAAGUCUCAUUUAUUUUCUGUACGUCUUGUUUAUAAAUGCAUAAAGACACUUUCCUGUAACAUUUGAUGCAGAUUUAUAAAGGGAACAGGGACAAUUGAAUCAAAGAUGUUGUUGGCAGUAACCCUAUUAGCAUUGAUUGUUCCAUGGACUGUUGUUGAAGGCAGGGGUUGCUGGGCUGACACCAAUAGUCCUGGUAUUCCAUGCCAGUAUGGCUACGACUAUCCUGUUGGUAACGAACAAGGACUAGAGUACAGCGUCACGUCUUUAUUCUCCUACACAUGUUGUGAUGCCCUUAGUUGUCGAGCUAACCCAAACAAGUGCGAGUUUGUGCACGUCGGUUGUGGACAAAGCAUUAACGCAGUCCCACUAAAGUCGAAGGCGUUGCAUUGGGAAUUACCUGGCGUGGAACCCAUCAUGAGGUGUUUUGACCAGGGCUCUAAUAAGGGAGCUUAUUACAGUUAUACAGUUAAACUUGUUCCAAUUGAUUAAGUAUAUAUGUGCAUAUGUAGAGCGGAUUGUUUAUUGGUAAAGAAUAAAUAUGUAGAAAAACGUA